CCGGGCGGUUUUAUGACCGUACAGCCGGGGCGGACGAGCCCCAAAAAUGGUCAUGGUGAUAUCAAUGAUAGCUGCCGAUCUACAUACUACUUAUCAUCGAGUCCGGACGGUAUGCAACGUCGGCUUGGGAUAUCGAGAUUGGUACCCAAACAAGCCGGAAAGCCCAACCAAACCGUUUUCCGGGCAGUGAAAGGGAAGGCAAGAAAAGAAAAGAAAAACAGGUGUUUCGGGAAUAACAAAUCAAGGAAGCGAACCGGAAGCGAACGGAAGCGAAUCGCUAUUCAUCCCGUGUUUGCAUUGCCCCUUUUUGCAAGCCACCAACCACGCGCGCAAUAAACCACACACACAAUAAACCCCACACGCAGUCCUCCCUGGCCAUCACACCCCCAGAGACGAAAAGAAGAGAAAAGAAGCCACAGCAGCAGUAAGCCUGCCUGGUAAGACCAGUCCAGCCCAGCCCAGCCCAGCCAGUACCCAGCUUCGGAGAGGCGACCAAUCCCAAAAAUGCCCGCAGCAGGCGACCACACCCACCAGCAGCAGCAGCAGCAGCAGCAGCAGCAGCAGCAGCCCUCGUACCUGAUCGUGGGCGCCGGCGUCUUUGGCGUGUCGACGGCGUACCACCUGAUCCGCGCGCACCCGGGGGCCAGCGUGACGCUGGUGGACCGGGACGCGGCCGACGCCGAGUCGCGCGUGGCGGCGUCUUGGGACUGGAACAAGGUGGUGCGGGCCGACUACGACGACCUGGCCUACUGCCGGCUGGCGCUCGAGGCCCAGGACGUGUUCGAGUCGGACCCGCUGUGGAAGCCCUACUUCCACAAGACGGGCGUCUACUGGAUCUGCCGCAGCGACUACGCCAAGGAGGUCAUGGCGCACCACCGCGCCGCCGGCCGCGGCGACGACAUCGUGGCCGUCCCCAUCGACGAGGCCAAGAAGCUGUACGGCGGCAUCUUCAAGGACGCCGACUACAGCGGCGCCAAGGAGGUGCUGGUCAACCGCGCGAGCGGCUGGGCCGCCGCCGGCGACUGCCUGCGGGCCGUGACGCGGCGCGCCGUGGAGCUGGGCGUCAGGUACGUGGUGGCCGAGACGGCGGUGCUGGAGCUGGACGGCCGCGGCGGCUGCAGGGGCGUGAGGACCACGGACGGGAGGACCCUCACGGCCGACCGCACCAUCCUGUGCACGGGCGCCUACACCCCCAAGCUGCUGGAGCUGAGCGCGGCGGCCACGGGCGUCGAUGCCCUGCGGUCCGGCGAUAGGAUCCUGGCCGCCGGCAUCACGACCGGCAUGGCGGAGCUGGACGAGGAGCAGUACAAAACCUACGCGGAUAUGCCGGUGGGGUUCCAGGGAUAUGUGGGAUAUGGUAAACCAUUCAUCGGCACUCUCCCACCAACAAAAGACAGGGAGCUCAAAUGGUGGGGAUCCAAGAUCUUCACCAACAUGACAGAGGUGCUGCCAGGGAGACACAUAUCGGCGCCUCCGCCGGCCAGCGACUAUGCGCAAUGGAACGUGUCGCGCAGGCAAAAGGCCGACAUUGUGGAGCAAAAGGAUCUGUGGUACGGCGAAAAGAGCAAAAACUGGAAGAUGACCAAGCACAGGAUUUGCUGGGAUGCCUUCACGACGAGCUCCGACUUUAUCAUCUCGCCUCACCCGGCAGCCAAGGGUCUGUACGUGGCCACGUGCGGCUCGUUCCACGGCUUCAAGUUCUUCCCGGUGCUGGGCAAGUGCGUGAUGCAGAUGCUCAACGGGGAAUUGACGCCCGAGCUGAAGCAGAGGUGGGCCUGGGAUCGGGAGCGGCCGGACUACUUGAAAAACCCCGAGUAUCCAAAUUCGGAUAUGAGGGAUUUGGUGGAUGUGGUAGCGAAGCUAUAGACUUUUUUUCUUUCUUUCCUCUUCGGAGAGGGGACGUUUUUUUUUGUUAUGAAUCUCUUUUGUUUAUGAAAGUAUGUUUUUUUUUGUCCAUGGUUACGGCGAAAGCGGGGAUGAUUGACGCAGCGAAAGGGGAGAAACAAAUGAAUGCAUGCUGAUAUGACCCAAAAAUGAGUUAAUGCAUCCGUGUUAAGAUCAAUGGAGCGAAGCAAAACUCUGGAGCAGGCAUCGCGCCGGCCGGCAAACCUGGUUUAGGGGCUCCCCGAUCGAGAUUUAGCGCAUCCAAUCCUCCGCCAAUUCACAAUCAU